AUGUUCGGUCCCUUGCAAAAUAGCGACCUGAUUAAGGCGCAUAUGUUAUAUCUCGAAAUGAUCAACGCAAAUCACGGUAUUUCGGAAGGUGGUAACGCUGCGGAUCACGACAGUGGCACUCUCAGAUUGCCAGAUAGUUGGAACCUCCCCAGAUCCGCUCUCGUCCCCUUUUUUCUGAAACUCGCAUACUGGGCAAAUCGAUCACACGCACUCGUGAACCCCGGCUGGUUGGCCGUGGUUGGUUGGUUGUGGGUUUCCGAAGUUGACGGUGCCGCUCUGGAGCGGAUGGCGUUAAUUAUGGGAUUCAAGAAUGAGAGCGUCGUUGGUGAUGCUCAGGAUUCCUUCCUACCACUCUCGCAAGCCCCGCGUCGAAGAGAAUCGCCUGCACAUCGAACCAAACAUGACACGCAAUCUCUUUCAACAACGACCAGGCUCGUCUUCUGGGUUUUCGGCGAUGGUUACGAUCGUACUAUCGGUGUCGACAUCGCGUUGAACAGGGAUGUCGAGGAUCUUAAGAAAGCAAUCAAAGAAGAAAUAAAGAAAGCAUUGGAACACGUCGGCGCUGAAGCACUUGUCAAAUUCGAUGACAAUUUUGAGGAAGCGCUCAAUCUCACCGAACGACCACUAUCAGGCCGGAGGGAGUUGGGACCGCUCUUUUUGCAUAAAUCUCCCAAUGCUGCUCGUUGCCUCGAUAUCGUGGUAAUACCCAGUGGUGCGUUCUCAUAG